AGCUUGUUAUCACAGCGAUUACACAUUCCCCGCCGGGCUCCCCAGCACCCCGGCUACGUGCGUGUGGAGUGGGACCCGCGCACACGCGUGGUCCCGGGAGGCGGGGCAGGAAAGGGGCACCGGGGAGGCUGACGGCCCCUUCUGACCCGGGCCCUGGGCGGCCGGCGCGAGCCUGCGGGGACAGGGCACAGCCACGCUGGCCGCUGCUGUCUACAGUUUGAAGCGAGGGAUUUAAAGACCGGAACCGGGCUGGUCGGAGCCCGGGGAGGUGGAGAGGAGGAGGAGGGAGAGGAAGAGACGCGGGGCUGGGAUUGUGGACGCCAGGAGCUCUGAAAAUCCAGAUGGCAAAUUCUAUGAAUGGCAGAAACCCUGGUGGUCGAGGAGGAAACCCCAGGAAAGGUCGAAUUUUGGGUAUUAUUGAUGCUAUUCAGGAUGCAGUUGGCCCCCCCAAACAAGCUGCAGCUGAUCGCAGAACUGUGGAGAAAACUUGGAAACUCAUGGACAAAGUGGUAAGGCUGUGUCAGAAUCCCAAACUCCAGUUGAAAAAUAGUCCGCCAUAUAUACUUGAUAUUUUACCUGAUACUUAUCAGCACCUGCGACUUAUAUUGAGUAAAUACGAUGACAACCAAAAGCUUGCCCAAUUGAGCGAGAAUGAGUAUUUUAAAAUCUACAUUGAUAGUCUAAUGAAAAAGUCAAAACGAGCAAUAAGACUUUUCAAAGAAGGAAAGGAGAGGAUGUAUGAAGAACAGUCACAGGACAGGCGGAAGCUUACAAAACUAUCCCUUAUCUUCAGUCACAUGCUGGCAGAAAUCAAAGCAAUCUUUCCCUCUGGUCAGUUCCAAGGAGAUAACUUCCGUAUUACGAAAGCAGAUGCUGCUGAAUUCUGGAGAAAGUUUUUUGGUGACAAAACUAUUGUACCAUGGAAAGUAUUCAGACAGUGCCUUCAUGAGGUCCAUCAAAUUAGCUCUGGCCUAGAAGCAAUGGCUCUGAAAUCAACAAUUGAUUUAACUUUCAAUGAUUACAUUUCAGUAUUUGAAUUUGAUAUUUUUACCAGGCUAUUUCAGCCGUGGGGCUCUAUUCUCCGGAAUUGGAAUUUCUUAGCUGUGACACAUCCCGGGUACAUGGCAUUUCUCACUUAUGAUGAGGUUAAGGCACGCCUGCAGAAGUACAGCACCAAACCUGGAAGCUAUAUUUUCCGGUUAAGCUGCACUCGACUGGGACAGUGGGCCAUUGGCUACGUGACCGGGGAUGGAAAUAUCUUGCAGACCAUACCUCACAACAAGCCCUUGUUUCAAGCCCUGAUUGAUGGGAGCAGGGAAGGAUUUUAUCUUUAUCCAGAUGGGAGGAGUUAUAAUCCCGAUUUAACUGGCUUAUGUGAACCUACACCCCAUGAUCACAUAAAAGUCACACAGGAACAAUAUGAAUUAUACUGUGAAAUGGGCUCCACUUUUCAGCUCUGUAAAAUUUGUGCAGAAAAUGACAAAGAUGUCAAGAUUGAGCCCUGUGGGCAUUUGAUGUGCACCUCUUGCCUUACUGCAUGGCAGGAGUCAGAUGGCCAGGGUUGCCCCUUCUGUCGUUGCGAGAUCAAAGGAACAGAGCCCAUAAUUGUGGACCCCUUUGAUCCCCGAGAUGAAGGCUCCAGGUGCUGCAGCAUCAUUGACCCCUUUGGCAUGCCCAUGCUGGACCUGGAUGAUGAUGACGACCGGGAGGAGUCUUUGAUGAUGAAUCGCUUGGCAAAUGUUCGAAAGUGCGCUGACCGGCAGAACUCACCAGUCACAUCACCAGGAUCCUCUCCCCUUGCCCAGAGAAGAAAGCCCCAGCAAGACCCGCUCCAGAUCCCACACCUCAGCCUGCCACCCGUGCCUCCUCGCCUGGAUCUGAUUCAGAAAGGCAUAGUUCGCUCUCCCUGUGGCAGCCCAACCAGUUCACCAAAGUCUUCUCCUUGCAUGGUGAGAAAACAAGAUAAGCCACUCCCAGCACCACCACCUCCCUUAAGAGAGCCACCCCCACCUCCUGAGCGACCUCCCCCAAUCCCGCCUGAAAACAGACUGAGCCGACACUUGCAGCACAUGGAGAGUGUGCCUUCCAGGGACCAGCCUAUGCCUCUUGAAGCUUGGUGCCCCAGGGAUAUGUUUGGGACCAAUCCGUCUAUUGGAUGUCGCAUCCUAGGGGAUGGCUCCCCGAAGCCCGGAAUCACAGCCAGCUCAAAUGUAAAUGGGAGGCACGGUAGAAUGGGCUCUGACCCAGUGUUUCUGAGGAAACACAGACGCCAUGAUUUGCCUUCAGAAGGAGCCAAGGUCUUCUCCAAUGGUUACCUGGGAAAUGAAGAGUAUGAUGUUCCUCCUCGACUGUCUCCUCCUCCUCCCAUCACUGCCCUGCUCCCUAGCAUAAAGUGUACUGGCCCAUUAGCAAAUUCUCUUUCAGAGAAAACAAGAGACCCAGUAGCAGAGGAUGUCGAUGAAUACAAGAUUCCUUCAUCCCAUCCAGUGUCUCUGAAUUCGCAACCAUCCCAUUGUCAUAAUGUAAAACCUUCUGUUAGAUCGUGUGAUAAUGGCCAUUGUAUAUUGAAUGGAACACAUGGUACAUCUUCAGAGAUGAAGAAAUCAAACAUCCCUGAAUUAGGCAUAUAUUUAAAGGGAGAUGUUUUUGAUUCAGCCUCUGAACCAGUGCCAUUGCCACCUGCCAGGCCUCCAACUCAGGACAGUCCAAAGCAUGAUUCUUCACUCAACAGGACGCCCUCUGAUUAUGAUCUUCUCAUCCCUCCAUUAGGUGAAGAUGCUUUUGAUGCCCUCCCCCCAGCCCUCCCACCUCCCCCACCCCCAGCAAGGCACAGUCUCAUAGAACAUUCGAAACCUCCUGGCUCCAACAGCCGCCCAUCCUCAGGACAAGACCUUUUCCUUCUUCCUUCAGAUCCCUUUUUUGACCCAGCAAGUGGCCAAGUUCCUUUGCCUCCUGCUAGGAGAUUACCAGGAGAAAAUGUCAAAUCCAACAGAACAUCACAGGAUUAUGACCACCUUCCUUCAUCUUCAGAUGGUUCACAAGCACCAGCCAGACCCCCCAAACCAAGACCCCGCAGGACUGCACCAGAAAUUCACCACAGAAAACCCCAUGGGCCCGAGGCAACAUUGGAAAAUGUCGAUGCAAAGAUCGCAAAACUCAUGGGAGAGGGGUAUGCCUUUGAAGAGGUGAAGAGAGCCUUAGAGAUAGCCCAGAAUAAUGUCGAAGUGGCCCGUAGCAUCCUUCGAGAAUUUGCCUUCCCUCCUCCAGUCUCCCCACGUCUGAAUCUAUAGCAGCCAGAGCUGUAAACGCCAAAAUGUAGAGCAGUUGACAGAUGUUCCAGGAGCAUGGAAAGAGAAGAUUGAGAUGGAAUUCAAGAGAGACGCCUCCUCCUCUUGAGAAGGAAGGCCCAGGAGCUCUCCUCCGAAGAUUUUUGCCUGCUCAGGAUGUCGACGCUGUGGCCCCGUUGUGUUGCUAGCCAUACUUUUAAAUCAGGGUUGAACUGACAAAAAUAAUUUAAAGACGUUUACUUCCCUUGAACAUUGAAUCUGUGAAAUGCUCUUCCUUGUUUACAAGUUGGCAAAGUUGCAGUUUUUGUUUUUGAUACUUGUGCUGUGUUCUUGACAGACCCUUUGCAGAGUGGUCCGGUCUGCUGUAACAUUUCUAAUAACCAUCACCUCUUUUGCUGUCCACAUCAACAGCAAAAUCACGUCUUCGUGUUGAUCUCCACCAUCUACGUCCUUCCCCACCCCCCAGGUCCAAUUCCAUUUCUGCCAUUUACAAGAUGCUUUAAAGGUUCUGAUUUUCAACAUAUCAAACUAAUGCAAAAAAUUAUUGUAUGGUCUUCACUACUGAGUCUUUUCUUUGGAAACCAUCACUUUUGAGAGAUGGGAAAAAACCUGAAUGUAUAAAGCAUUUAUUUGUUAAUAAACUGCCUUUUAUAAGGAGUUUUUACCUAAUAUAGAGGAGCUUGCCUUGUUUAAGUUUUAUAACCUUUCAUUUUUCCAUAUUCUUCAUCUGUGUCAUCCCAGGGGCGCCAUGGCACUAUAAAAAUCUAAAAUAUUAGAAAGCAACAACUUCAGAGAAAGUGCACAAGAGAUAAAAUUGCACAAGACGGUGCCAUACUGAAAUAAUCUAAUGAGGUCCUCAGGUAUUUAUAUCUGCAUUACUUUGGGGCAUGCUGAAUAAGAGGGCCACCUCCCUGAAAUAUAUUAAUAAACUUCAGCUAAAUCACAGACAUCCUGUACCUCUUCCAAAGUGGAAUAGAUGUCUUUCCCUGUUUGAGUGAUUAUACUGUGGGUCAUAACCGCUGUGGGACCACUUCCUUUUGCGAUGGAAACAUUAAGUCUUUAAUGCACUGUUAAGUGCCGAUGCUACUGUGGCAGUAUUUUUGCAAAGUUCCUAGUAAUUUCCUCCAGUCAAAUGAGGGUUCAUAUUUAAUUUGUAGAUUCUCAGUCCACAUUGCUCCAUCCAGUCAGGUGAAAGUAAUGUAUAGUUUUGCCUUUUUUGUAAAAUUGCAGUUGGUUGUUCAGAAACUGUGUUAUUACUUUGAAUAAAUUUACAAAUAUUUAUUGAGCAUCUACAGUGUACUUGGCACUGUUAGGCACUCUGUUUUUUAAGCACAGACUCUUCAUGAACUGAUUCUAGCAUAAUGUUUUAUUUUUUACGAUAGCAAAAGUCUCUGGUGGACAAACUCUGGGAGGUUGGCACUGGAGCUUCAGAAUUUUCUAACAGUUUAUCUUUCUUUUCCAUUCCUAAUGAGAAAGUAGAGGAGAAAUGAGACAAAACGCUGUAAAAUGCUUGAACCCACUGGCAGUUUUCUAAAUAUGGAUUAUUUGUGGGUUGUGCAUGUUCUAACCACUCCUUUCUUCACACCCAGUGUGAUGUUUAAAAAAAAAAAAACACAUUAGUUUCAGGUCAGGACUCAAGGGGACAGGACAUAACAUCUGAUAGGUCUGGUGAACUAAUAUGCAAGGCUUGCGUUGAUGCAGGGAGGGGAACGAAAGCAUUUCUUUGCAAAGUAACGUGUGCCCGUUCUUACAGUCUUGCUCUCAUGGGGUGAGAGGAUCCUUGAGGAUGUGUGCAAGCCUUGGAUAGUUUUUGUGCUUAAAUGAAUUUCUUGUGAUUCUGAGCUGGUUAUGUCCCUAGAGGGGAAUUUUUAAUUUUCCUUAUACUUCCUGUGAGUAGGUAUGAGUAUAGUUUUUUAUACUUUGAAAAUUGCAUUGGCUAAUUUUAUAUUGCUUUCUGAACUCUUAAGUUAUGUCAUCAUGAUUUUUCAUGUGUUGUAUUAGUUUUUGAUGUCACAUUGGCUUUAUUAUGACUGGAUGAUGAUAGGAACAGUCUAAAAGCCAAAAGUUGCCACUUUGUUGUGAUAACAUUGCCAUAACAUUCUUGAUAGAUUAGGGGAUGAUAUAAAAUAAGAAUGUUCGGAAACACAGUACAUUCUCAUUCAGUUUUCAAAUAACAAGUUAAAAUUUUCAGUGAGAAUUAAAAAAGAAAAGACUUGACAAUGUUGUAAAUUUGUACCGGAAGUUCAGGGUAGGAGGAAUUUUGCAAAUAGUUUUCUAGCCCCUACCAUAAACUCUCUAUAUCUUGUACUCAAUAGCACUCAUUACUUUUGUCCUCAACAAUAGCGAAUCACAAAAUCAUGCAGCAUAGAAUGGAAAGAGGGAAAUUUUCUCUCAAACAUUGCCAUGAAAACUCAUAGCUAUUGCCUAUGACAUAACUCAAAGAAUAUUUUUAAACAGAUAUUUAAACAAAAAUAUUUUUUCAUUAUAAAAGUAACUACCUAUUAGUGCUUAGAGAUGAUCCAGAUUUGGUUUCACUCUGAUUCAGAAAGUUAGACAUUCCUCCCAUUUCUCAAAAUUUGCUAAUUUAACACAUUUUUAAGCCAGUAUUUAAUAACUAUAAGAUUAAAAACAAAUUGUGGCCAAUAUUAACUCUCAUCCCCAAAUAUAGGGGUAAAAAGGAUUUAUAUUCAUCAUUAUUUCAGUAAAUUUAUCUCCAGUCUCUUUUCUUUUUCCUUUGAUACCUGACAUACCACAGCCAAAUUUUCUAGAAUAGAAUCAAAGCAUUUUAUGCUGGACUUGAAGUUCCACAAAUCUGACCGUUAGCUCUUACCUAUGCAUUUCCCCUUGCCCUCACCGCAAACAAACUCGGUAACAGAACCCUAAUUGCAACCUUAAAGGGCUCACGGCUAACUCAGUAUUUCACACACCAAGAACACUUCCCAAAAGUUUCUUUAUAAUGUGAAUUUUCUUAAUUUUUCAGUUCCAGAAGCAUUUCUUCUACAUUACUUUUUUUCUCAGAUUUUCAGCUUGAAGCUUUAAUUUGCACUGAAUUAUCUAACCUGGUUUACAAAUGCCUCUCUUAAAAUGAUGGAUUUGGAAGCAAAUUAACAGUAUAUUUUAAAUAAUACAGGUACUGCCUGUUAACCUGGAAUUUUAGUGCUUCUAGGAAGAGUUUCCAGAAAAAGACAGCAAAAGAGUGAAAGGUUUCCUUUCUAGUUACUAUUAUAUUGUUUUUAAUGCCUUUAAAAAAUGUCUGAGGUAGAGCCAGGGAUUUAGCUCAGUGGUUCUGGUGCCUGCCUCCCAAGCGCAAGAUCCUGAGUUUGAUGCCCAAUACAAAAAAAAAAAAGUGUCUAAGGUGGCAAAAUAGUUAUGUGUUCAAUUAAUUUAUAUUUUAUUCAUUCUGUUUCAUUUCUGGUUAUUAUGUAACCUCAAGUAUCUUUCUGUUCUUUUAAGGUAUUUUAUAAAAUGAAUGUUAACAAAA